GGGGAAGAGCUGCCACCAGCCGAGUCCGACGCCGGGGCCUCUAGGCCGCCUUCUAGGCGAGUUCCCCACUUAGCGAUACGAUGCCCCCAAGAAAGAAUGAGAGAUACAAACUUCCUGUUCCACUUCCAGAAGGCAAGGUUUUGGAUGAUAUGGAAGGAAAAGAAUGGGUUCUAGGCAAGAUGAUUGGCUCUGGAGGAUUUGGACUGAUAUAUUUAGCUUUCCCCGCAAAUAAACCAGAUAAAGAUGCAAAGCAUGUCAUAAAAGUGGAAUAUCAAGAAAAUGGCCCAUUGUUUUCAGAACUUAAAUUUUAUCAAAGAGCUGCAAAAAAAGAGUAUAUGGAUCGAUGGAUAAAACUGAAACAACUUGAUUAUUUAGGAAUUCCUUUGUUUUAUGGAUUUGGUAUUACCGAAUUUAAGGGAAGAAGUUACAGAUUUAUGGUAAUAGAAAGAUUAGGAAUAGAUUUACAGAAGAUUUCAGACCAAAAUGGUACUUUUAAGAAAUCUACUGUCCUUCAGCUUGGCAUUCGGAUGUUAGAUAUACUGGAAUAUAUACAUGAAAAUGAGUAUGUUCAUGGAGAUAUAAAAGCGGCAAAUUUACUUUUGGGUUAUAAAAAUCCAAAUCGGGUUUAUCUCGCAGAUUAUGGACUUUCCUACAGAUAUUGUCCCAAUGGGAAUCACAAACUGUACCAGGAAAAUCCUAGAAAAGGUCAUAAUGGGACAAUAGAAUUUACCAGCUUGGAUGCCCACAAGGGAGUUGCCUUGUCCAGACGAAGUGACCUUGAAAUCCUUGGCUACUGCCUGCUGCGAUGGUUUUGUGGGAAACUGCCCUGGGAACGGAACCUGAAGGACCCCAUUGCUGUCCAGACUGCUAAAACAAAUCUGUUGGAUGAACUCCCUGAUUCAGUGCUUAAAUGGACUCCUUCUGGAAGCAGUUGUUAUGAAAUAGCUGAGUAUUUGAUGUGUGCUCAUAAUUUAGCAUAUGAUGAAAAGCCAGACUAUCAAAAACUCAAGACAAUUUUGAAUCCAGAUGGAAUAACUUUAGGACCACUGGACUUUUCCACUAAAGAAAAGCAUGAAAAUGUGCAUACUCCAAGUAAUCAAAAAGCUGCUUUGCUAAAAGCUACAACAAAACAAGUCAAUCAUAUACAAAAUAGGUUAACAGAAAUAAAAGGCAACAGUGAGAGCAGUACUGAGACCUAUACAACACGGAGAAAUGUAGAAAGUGAAGAGAAGCUGAUUGGACUGUUGAACAAUGAAACAGCUCAGGAAAACACAAGGAGGAGACAACAGUUUUCUCAGUUUCAAGAAUGUUUCAAUGAAGCAAAACGUUCUCCACAAAAAUCCAGCUGUACACAGUUCCCAAAUUCAUUUUAUGGAACUCAACAAGAGUUUACCAGUCCAUAUAGACUCAAAAAGUCAAGAAUUCCAUCUUGGGACACAUAUACUUCCACAACUGCUCUGGAGGUCUCAGAUUUAGAAAGUUCUACUCGUGAAAAGACACGAGCAGAUGUGUAUUAUUAUGGCAUCAUCUUCCUCUGUCUUUUGCUGUUAGUAUAUCUUGCUUUACAUUUUCUCUGAA